CACUUCAGUGGACCCUGGCUGAGCGCCGCCAUGGCUGCUCAUUGUGAACUGUUGGACGAGCUUCCCGCGGCCUGCCUGUCGCCGUGCGGGCCGCCCAACCCCACCGAGCUGUUCAGCGAGGCGCGGCGCCUGGCCCUCGAGCAGCUGCUGGCCGGUGGUCCCGACGCCUGGGCCUCCUUCCUACGGCGGGAGCGGCUGGGCCGCUUCCUCAACGCCGAUGAGGUGCGCGCGGUUCUGGGCGCCGCUGAGCGGCCGGUCGAGGACGGCGCGGCCGUGGCCGAGGACUCGUUUGGCUCCUCUCACGACUGCUCUUCGGGCACCUACUUUCCCGAGCAGUCGGAUCUGGAGCCGCCGGCCUUGGAGCUCGGCUGGCCCGCCUUCUACCGGGGCGCUUACCGCGGUGCCACGCGCGUCGAGGCGCAUUUCCAGCCCCGCGGCACCGGCGCGGGCGGCCCGUACGGCUGCAAGGACGCGCUGCGCCAGCAGCUGCGCUCCGCCCGAGAGGUGAUUGCUGUGGUAAUGGACGUUUUCUCUGACAUUGACAUCUUCCGAGACCUACAGGAGAUCUGUAGGAAACGGGGGGUGGCUGUGUACAUCCUUCUGGACCAGGCUCUGCUCUCCCACUUUUUGGACAUGUGCAUGGAUCUGAAAGUUCAUCCUGAGCAGGAAAAGCUGAUGACAGUGCGGACUAUUACAGGAAACAUCUACUAUGCAAGGUCAGGAACAAAGGUUGUUGGGAAGGUUCAUGAAAAGUUCACACUGAUUGACGGCAUUCGGGUGGCCACAGGCUCUUACAGUUUUACAUGGACGGAUGGCAAAUUAAAUAGCAGUAACUUGGUAAUUCUGUCUGGCCAAGUGGUUGAACAUUUUGAUCUGGAGUUCCGGAUCCUGUAUGCCCAGUCGAAGCCCAUCAGCUCCAAACUCCUGUCCAACUUCCAGAUCAGUGGCAAGUUUGACCAUCUGGCUAACCAAAAGCCGCAGUCAAAGGAGCCCACAUUGGGCAAUCUGCUACGCAUCCGGCUGGCCAGGCUCUCAAGUACUCCCAAGAAGACCAACCUGAGCCCAGAAGUGCCACCAGAAGACAGAGCCAAAGCCAGGCGCCAUGACUCUGAGGCUUCUACCAUCAGUGAUGGAGACUAUUUUAAUAGCCACAAGGACCAACUAGAGGAUAGUAAGGUAGUGGAUGCCUCUACCCAAACAGAGCCAGGAGAAGAGAUGGCUGCAGUAAGCCUGAGUGAGGUGGGAACACAAACCAGUUCCAGCGUGGCAUGUGUUGGGAUCCAAACAACAGUUGUCACAAGGGCAGCAAGCUCCCAGGCUACAGUGUGGGCUAAGUCCACUGCCACACAGACUGAAGCUGAUGAGAGCUUCCUUCUUCAGGGUGCCCAGUCUAAAGAAGGGUCACCUGCAUCCAAGAUGUCAGUGUCGAGAUCUUCUAGUCUGAGGUCAUCCUCUUCUAUGUCUUCCCAGGGCUCACUGGCAAGCUCUGUCAGUUCCCAUGUUUCCCUAACAGGCCCUGACCUCCACACUCCCGGAUACCCCAAGUAUCUGGGUCUGGGCACCCCCCACCUGGAUCUGUGCCUAAGGGACUCAUUCAGAAAUUUGAGUAAAGAGCGGCAGGUCCACUUCACUGGCAUCAGGUCCCGGCUUAACCAGAUGCUGACCGUGCUGUCAAGGAGAACACUCUUCUCAGAACACUACCUCAGCUACAGUCCCGGAAGCUUCACUAGAGCCUCUAUGAACCUGGUUUCUGUCAGGGACAUAGCACUUUAUCCUCCCUAUCAGUGACUGCUGUGUCCAGUCAACCCCCUUGCGGCCAGCAGAGCCUCCUGCUCUACCAAGUACCACAUGUCCCCAGCCGCCCUCUUACAUCUGACACUGAGUCACCUUUGAAUUUGAGUCUAGACAUUGUCUGAUAUUUUUAUUUUUGUUCUGUAGAAACCACCUGUUCGUUUAAACACUAUGGGUACUUUUUUCCCCUUUUGCACUAUUUUAAUAUAUCUUAAGACUACAUAGGUGUUUUAAGGUUGGCUUGAGAGAUAAAAUACUGCUGUGUAUGUGUGUGUGUGUGUCUUGUCUUAGUGCUUUCAAUCAGCACUUUUUAGGAUCAGAAUCAUAUUUAAAAGUUAAACAGCAUUGUUUCUUAACUGACUUUAUCUUGAAUAUCUGUGUUCUUAGCAUUAAAUAAGUAUAGACAACUUCUUGUUUGCCUGGGGUUGUUUUUUUCUUUCUGGCAACUUUUUUAUCUUUAAAAGUACAUCAUAAAUAAAUGCACCAUAAAAGUA